UUUGAAAUAGGGUUUUGUUUUACCUGACACUUAUCCCUAAAAAGCCAGCUAGUACGUAAAACGAGCUACGGUCGCUAAGCAGCGCUUAAACGCUGACGUUAGCUAGCUGUGUUGGAUGCUAGGUUAGCUAACUAACGUUGGGCUAGUUAACGGUGUUUAGCCGCUAUCUUUUGCAGUUUGUGAAAAGUACUAAACAUAAUAAUAGUUUUCUAGUGUAGUUCAGCUAGGAAACUUACCUGCUAAUGUUAUUAGCUAGUUCUAGCUAACGUUACAAGCGGGCCAAGGAUUAUUUGAGAGAAGCAACAAGUACACUCACUAGUACUGGCAGUAGCUAGUAUUUUUACUUCGACAGUCCAACGAUGUCUAAGAAGGGCACUUGUAUUGGCCCCUAGGCCUAACUCAUGCAGCUGUAUGAUGAUAAUGAGCUGAAAUGCCGACCAGAGGCAUUUGAUCCAUUCAGAGUCGUUGCUACAUGACUAUUUUCCGCCGAUUAUCUGAGUUUGGACAGCAAUGUUUAGUCUGAUGGCGAAUUGUUGCAACUGGUUGAAACGCUGGCGGCAGCCCGCAAGGAAAAUAACACUGGUGAUGGUUGGACUUGACAACGCUGGGAAGACUGCUACAGUACGCGGCAUCCAGGGAGAGAGCCCAGAGGAUGUUGCCCCUACAGUAGGGUUCUCCAAGGUGGAUCUGAAGCAGGGGAAGUUUGAGGUUACCAUCUUUGACCUGGGCGGAGGAAAGAGGAUCAGGGGCAUCUGGAAGAACUACUACAGCGAGUCGUACGGGGUGGUGUUCGUGGUGGACUCCAGUGAUGUCCAGAGGAUACAGGAGACCAGGGACACCAUGGCUGAGGUCCUGCGACACCCUCGCAUCGCUGGGAAACCUGUCCUAGUAUUGGCUAACAAGCAGGAUCGGGACGGGGCAUUGGCUGAGGCAGACAUCAUCGAGAACCUGUCGUUGGAGAAGCUCGUGAACGAGAACAAGUGUCUCUGUCAGAUCGAGCCGUGUUCUGCCGUUCUGGCCUAUGGUAAGAAGGGAGACAAGUCCAUCAAGAACGGACUCAACUGGCUGCUCAACAACAUAGCUAAUGACUACGAAGCCAUCUCUGAACGCGUCCACCAGGACACGGCCGAACAGAGAGCUCAGGAGGAACAGGAGAAGAGAGAGAGACAGGAGAGAGUGCGAAGGAUACGGGAGGAGAGAGACCGUCAGGAGAAAGAGGAGGCGGAGAGGGAAGGUCGGACACUGCAGGAGGAGGAGGAGGAGACUGACGACGCCACCAUACCCAGCCCUUUCCAGCCAAUAGGCAACGUCAUCAAUGAGAAUGAAGACAAGCUGAAGAAGAGACAGACAGGAGGGCAGGGGGGAGGUGCCAACGAUGCGAGCGAAGGAAGGCAGGAGGAAGAGGAGGAGGAAGAGGACAGCGAGAGACAGACUCCAGAGAGCGGUGCAGUAUCAGUGGAGCAGACUAAGAAGAAGACUAGUACACUGAGACUGAAGAGGAAGCACAGAGUGGAUCCUCUGAGGACGGAGGAGACAGCGGCCCCUGAGAGCCCCACACCUCCACCACUUCCUGUGGGAUGGGCUACUCCCAUAAUGUCUCGGCUUCCCAAGCUGGAGCCUCUUGGCGACCGGAGUUGUUCUGAGUUCUUCGGCAAGCCCCUCCCCCCCGUGGCCAACCGUCAACAACGACCUAACAGCGACACUCACGAUGUCAUAUCCUAGCCCCUCCCCUCCACCAGGCUACUCCUAUCCUACCUGAUUGGUUGUUCUAAGCCCAAGCCCCACCUUCAAUUCAAACAACAUUAUUUGUCCUCUUAAGGCAAUUUUAUUAGGCUUUGACCCUGACCCCUUAUCAUUUUAUUAGGCUUUGACCCUGACCCCUUAUCAUUUUAUUAGGCUUUGACCCU